AUGGGCGACUCCAACGAGAAUGGCGAGCGCCAGUACCACAACACGAACUCUGCCUAUGUGCUUCCGAACGAUGCCAGAGAGCAGGAUCGCCUCGACACCCAGGCGGCUGCUAUCGUCGAGAUGCUAGGCGGAGCUCCGUUCCUAGCGCCUUUUGAAGGCUUGAAGAAUGCAUCCAAAGCGGUCGAUGUUGGCUGCGGCACUGGAGUUGCGACAGUCCAAAUCGCUAACAAGAUACCGUCUGCCAAGGUGUAUGGGCUCGACAUUUCACCCGUGCCGCCAGCUGUCCAGAAAAUAGCUCCUGGAAACGCCGCUUGGGCCAUUGGGAACGUUUUAGACGUCGACAAUAAAGAAUCCGAAGGCGAAGCUUGUCAGGAAAUUUUUGCGCCGAGCGGGCUGGACUAUGUAUUUGGACGGAUGCUUUUCCUUGGACUCAACGACUGGUCACGAUACUUUUCGAUAGCCUCUCGCGCGCUAAAGUCGGGCGGUAUCAUCGAGCAUCAAGACCUUGACUGGGCGUUUUAUCGUGUUGCGUCAUCCGAAUGUCUUAGCGACAAAUGGGAAUGGUACCAGGCUGUCGUUUCUGGUCUUAAGAAAGCAGGGCUGUCGACCCGUUCUGGUUCUGGAGCAGCACAGCUCAUGGCCGAAGCUGGAUUGGAGGUUAUCGGCACUCAUACCUUUGAGUUUUCGUUUGUGCCAUCGACCAAAACGCCCAACAGCCAGGCCAUGGGCAGAUAUGUACAAGCGAAGCUGUUACCGAAUUACCCAGAGUUGCUUCGCAAGAUCCUCAGCGACAGUGGUGCCAGUGAGGAGGAGAUAAAGAGACUGUCAGAACAGUGUUUGCGUGAUAUUGUAUCGGAGGAGGGCAUCCACCAAAAGUACACUGUCACAAUCGCUCGAAAACCAUAG